CACAGAAAGCGUAUGAGCUUGAAUGAUAAUGCAAUGAGAUGAAGAGAAGAGGAGCAUUUAUGAAAGUAGUUUCUGCUCGAACUGCAGUUGCGCCAUUCUUUUCAGCAGUCACGUUCUCGUCGUCAUCUGUCGCAUGAAUUAGGUGUAGGACCUGAUCGGAUUUGAGGAAAUUUCAACAAGCAAAGGCUGACUGAAAGCGGAACGCAUGCCGAUCGAGGCACUUCUAAUGAAGACUAGAGUCUUCUCUUUCAGGAAGGGCCGAAGUCAGGGAAACAUGGGGAUGAAGAGCGUGCUUGGUGGCAAGGGUGCUAAUUUCGCUGAAAUGUCAAGCAUCGGACUCUCCGUGCCACCAGGCCUCACUGUAACCACAGAAACUUGCGAAGAAUACAACUCAAAUGGAAGCCAGCCACUGAAUAGUCUGUGGGAGGAGGUGCUGGGAGGCUUGCGAACUAUUGAAAUCGACAUGGGAGCUAUGCUGGGAGAUCCUUCCAAACCCCUUCUUGUUUCUGUGCACUGCGGGGCAGCGAUUCCAAUGCCUGGGAUGAUGGACAGAGUGUUGAACCUGGGAUUGACGACGAGGUGGUCAUUGGACUUGCCGCUCGCAAUAGAGAACGAUUUGCUUACGACUCGUACCAACGCUUCAUCGAUAUGAUCUGGAGGUGUGGUGAUGGGUCUAUCGCAUUCGUUUUACGAGCACGAGCUGGAAAGUCUUAAAGCUGCGGGUAGAGUGCUCAACAAUACAGACAUAUCGACUGAGGAUCCCAAGGGACUUGUGCAGAAGUAUCAAGGAGUCUACAGCAAUGCUAUUGGCAAAGCUUUCCCCACUGGUAUAAUUUAUCUCCCUUGAGCUUAUUAGUUCUUUGUUUUUUGUCUUUGAUUAGAUACAAACAAUAUUUUUUUGUAUUCCAUCUUUUUUUUGUCUUUCUCAAUUAUUGAAAGUCCAAAAGUUAAAAUUAGAACCAAAGAAGAUUGAGUUGUUUCUUGAACUACGAAUGGUGAGUUAUAAGAAAAAUUGGAGUUGGUUCUUGAAGACAAAGAAGAAGAUGAAAGGUUGACAACAAAGUGGAGAAAUGUUGAAGAUGUUGUGGGUUUACUUGCAAAAAGAGAGAAAGAAGGACAAGAUUAAUGUUUUGAGAGUAGUACAAGCACCUAAAACUCAAGUACAUACAAUACAACUAACAAUGCUUAUUAUUCAAUCUCCAACAUCUACAUUCAAAAAAGAAGAUAUGGGAGUUGAAGAAAUUAUGUGUGAUAUGUGGGAACUUCAAAUUAAAUUAGUAAGACUUGAAGAAAAGACUUCUAUAAUCAAUUUGAAAGCUAUUUCUAAGCAAUGAUAUAUACAAAGAUGCAUUUGGUGUAA